AGAUCAGUGGUAGAAACCCAAGCCUCGUGCUCACAGCCUCGCAUUCUUCAUCAAAAGCUGCGUUCAAGAUGGCGGGGGACUUUUAUUGCCGUUACUAUGUUGGUCAUAAAGGCAAGUUUGGACACGAGUUCUUGGAGUUUGAGUUUCGUCCUGAUGGUAUGCUUCGCUAUGCAAACAAUUCAAAUUACAAAAAUGAUGUGAUGAUUAGGAAAGAGGCCUUUGUUCACAAAGCUGUUGUUGAGGAACUCAAAAGAAUAAUAGAAGACAGCAAUAUACUCAGUGAAGAUGAUGCUUUGUGGCCUCCUGCAGACAAGAUUGGUCGCCAAGAGCUGGAAAUUGUACUUGGGAACGAACAUAUUUCAUUUUCAACUGCGAAAAUUGGGUCGCUGAUUGAUGUUAACAAUUGCAAGGACGUGGAAGGCUUGAAAUGUUUCUACUACCUCGUGCAAGAUCUCAAAUGUCUGGUCUUCUCUCUCAUUGGUCUGCAUUUCAAGAUCAAACCAAUUUGAUGUAUGGACAAUACUAAAUGAACAUGGGACAUUUUCGACCGACAAACUCGACUUUUAAAAGCAGUAUUUAUACUAUAUAAAAUCAACUUUUUUUAGUUUACGAAAUAUUAGGUUUUAUCUUA